UACUUCUUCACCAUAAUUCCGAAAAAAAAACCAUUCUCUCUCUAGUUUCUCUCUCUAACCAUGAAGAAGACGGAUCAUCAUCAUCAUCAUCAACGCUCACAAUCAGUACCUUCUUCAAUCAAACACUUCAAUGGCCAUCUAAUUCACUGCUUCCACACCUUCAUCUCUCAUUUUCUCCUCUUCGGCUGCGGUUUAGCCUUCGGUAUAACGCUUAGUUUCUACCUCAAAGACGUUUCCUUCAUCAACUUUCAACUCAACCAGUUCUAUUCGUCUUCUCCGCCCCCGCCCCCUCCUCCGCCUCCCCCGCAUUCGACAGCGAAAACUCAUCGAAUCGGGCUGAAGGAGUUUUUGUUGCCGCCCAUUAAUGUUUCUCAUGAUAUGAAAGAUGAAGAGCUUCUAUGGAGAGCUUCAAUGGCGCCCCGUGUUCAUGAAUUUCCGUUCGAACGAGUGCCGAAGAUUGCGUUUUUGUUCUUGACGAGAGGGGAUUUGCCGUUUGCUCCGCUGUGGGACUUGUUUUUUAAAGGACAUGAAGGUUUUUAUUCAGUUUACGUGCAUUCUAAUCCUUCUUUUAAUGGUUCGUUGCCCAAUUCUGAUUCUGUUUUUCAUCAAAGAAUCAUACCAAGCAAGGAGGUGCAAUGGGGAAUGAUAACAUUAGUUGAAGCUGAGCGUCGUCUAUUAGCCAAUGCACUAUUAGAUUUCUCCAACCAACGUUUUGUUCUCCUCUCAGAAUCAUGCAUUCCUCUAUUCAACUUCUCCACAAUUUACAAUUACUUAAUCAACUCAACUAAAUCUUAUGUACAAGUCUACGACUUACCCAACGCAGUCGGCCGCGGUCGCUACAACCCUAAAAUGAAGCCAACAAUUCGCCUCGAUCAAUGGCGAAAGGGCUCCCAAUGGUUCGAAAUGGACCGUGAGCUCGCCGUCGAGGUCGUAUCGGACCGUAAAUAUUUCCCCCUAUUUCAUAAACUAUGCAAGGGUUCAUGCUAUAGUGAUGAACAUUAUUUGCCAACCCUAGUUUAUAUUAAAUACGGGAUGAGAAGCACAAACAGCACAUUGACUUGGGUUGACUGGUCAAAGGGUGGGCCCCAUCCAAAUAGGUUUGGGAAAAUGAGUGUAAAUGCUGAAUUCUUUGAGAGUAUAAGAAAAGGUGGUGGAUGCAAAUAUAAUGGGAAGAGAAGUGAAAUUUGCUAUUUGUUUGCAAGAAAAUUCCUGCCUAAUGCUUUGGAUAGGUUGUUGAAGUUUGCUCCUGAGUUUAUGCAAUUUUAGUUACUUUCAA